GUGCGAAGCAACUGAGCAGGGACCUGUCCCCGCAGUAUGGGUUAGGAAGUGGGACCUGCCAGUAGGGAUGAGGGUAGGUGGGCAGCAUUUCCCCAGUGGUUCACCUAACCUGGUCUAGCAGGCACACAGGGGAUUCUGAUCAUGGACUGGACGAUGGCAGACUGGGUGGUAGGGGCUCUGGGGAACUGUGCCAGACUGCCAGGAUUAUGUGGACACAGAAGCCUCACACGCACAUGUGAAUUAAUUUGAAGGCAGGGAGUAGGGGCAAGAGAGCACCAUGUUCUCCCAUCUCCCGUUUCCCCUGGGGAAGGAAAAAGCAGUGUCUAGCCUUCUGGGCACAGGGUGCCUUGGGGCAGAGAAGAAGAUGACCUGGUUUUCCAGGACAGAGCCAUUGCUGGAGGCUUCGGGCUUCAGGCUUCAGGCUUCAGAGGACCCCAGAGCCUCAGCUAGCCUAGCAUCUCUUGGGCUGAACUGACACAGGUCCUGAGGGGCCUCCCAGCCCCCUCCCCUUCCCUCAGCUGGCCCAGCCCCCAGGCUCUGCAGAGGGAGAGGUGGAGUGGGGGCAGGGGGCCAGCAGCCAAUCACAUCCAGGACAGCCCCAGGCAUCUGUACCUGGUGCAACCAAUCCCCUCUGAACAGACUGCUCCAUUGGCCUCUGCUGCCUCCUCCCCUCCUUGCUCUGCCCAGCAACAGCAGAAAGGAGGCUUUAGGGGGAGAGGGAGGCCCUGCAAACUCCCAGCCCUUGGCAGCAAGGAGCUGGGCCCCAGGCUCACUCUAUUGAGGGAGGUUAAAACAAUACUUACAGUUCCUGGAGUCCAGGCAAAUGUCCCUGGGGACCCUCAAGACUGUGCAAGUCUAGCUCUCUCACGGACAGGAACUCACAUAUUAUACAGAGAUCCUGAUCCUUGGCGCCCUGGGCCACAAGCCAGUCCUUUUCACUCCACAGCUCUGGGCAAGGCCUGGGAUGAAGGUCUGAACAGCCAGCGAGGCACGGUUGUGGUGGGAGAGGCAGACAUGGAGCACACAACUGCACACAGGCCCAUUUAACUAGCAACAGCCAGAGGUCCUUGGAAGGAAAGAGAAGGUGUUGUGCAGGAGACUCAGAGGGGCCUGGUUUAGAGCGGGUCUCACACUUCACGGUUUCCCUUCUUUUUUGUCCAGAUUUAUGGUGGCUAUUUUGUUCAUUACUUUGCCCCCAGAGGCCUCCAGCCUGUGGAGAAGAAUGUGGUGUUUGUUAUUGAUGUGAGCGGCUCCAUGUUUGGUACCAAGAUGAAGCAGACUAAGAACGCCAUGAAUGUGAUCCUUGGUGACCUGCGAGCCGACGACUCCUUCAACAUCAUCUCCUUUUCUGACACAGUUAGUGUUUGGAAAGCUGGAGGCUCCGUCCAGGCCACUAUCCAGAACAUCCACAGUGCCAAGGACUACCUGAACCGCCUGGAAGCUGAUGGUUGGACCGACACCAAUGCAGCUCUGUUGGCAGCUGCUUCAGUCCUGAACCACAGCCACCAAGAGACUGGGAAUGGCCCUGGUGUGGGGCGGAUCCCUCUUAUCAUGUUCCUGACAGAUGGGGAGCCCACAGCUGGUGUGACAACCCCAAGUGUGAUCCUUUCCAAUGUCCGGCAAGCGCUGGGCUACAGGGUAGCCCUUUUCAGCUUGGCCUUUGGGGAUGAUGCGGACUUCCCAAUGCAGAGGUGCGCAGAAGUCAGAAGUCCCUUUGAAGUUCAUUUCUAGGGGCCCUGACUCAUUGAAGGACUGAGACUUAACUACAGAAUUAUAGAAUGCUUCCGUUCACCUGAAACAUUAAUAUGACAGCAGCUGGGCUCC